GCGAGGAGCCACAAUACAGGGCGACACACACACACACACACACACACACAAGCGCGCGCGCAAAGAGACGCGCACGGACGCACGGGCGGCUUUCGUUUCUCUGGUGACUUUGAUCCACGUUUUAACGCGUCGGUCUCCAAAGAGAAAGAAGCCCAGAAGGUAUUGUAGAAGACGUGCUGUAGACUCUGUAGUCUCUGUCCCACACCAGGGGCCGGUAGAAGGACGUGUCUUCACACUACAGAUCGUGUGUUGUAAUCCCACCGGCUUGAUUGGUCGGACCUUUGGAUUUUUUUGGUUUGCUUUGGGACUUUUUUCUUUUUUUUGUUUGUUUACUCCCUCCCUGAGAUCACCACGGAUUGUUCUUCCUCUCUCAUGUCUGUGAUCUUGUCCUCUCCUGACUGGCACCAUGUCCCCCGGAGCGGAGAGAAGACUCGAGUCUCAGCUCAGAAUGCUGGAGUCCAUGAUCAGAGACCCGAGAUCGGAUAUCAGACUGGAGAGUUUGUUGGAUUCUGUAAACGCCUUGGCUCUUGACCUGAAUCACCCUGCACUGCGGAAGAACAAAAACAUCGAUGCCUUCCUGAACAGAUAUGAAAAGGCUGUAAAUCGUCUGAGGGAACUGCAGGUACGACUGGAUGAUUUCGACCGAAUCAAACUGAUCGGCAAAGGAGCCUAUGGAGCUGUGCAACUGGUCCGGCACAAGGUCUCCAAGGAGGUUUACGCCAUGAAGAAGCUCAGCAAGUUCGAGAUGAUCAAGCGCUCAGACUCUGCCUUCUUCUGGGAGGAACGGGACAUCAUGGCCUUCUCAAACAGCCCCUGGAUAGUGCAGCUGUGCUGUGCUUUCCAAGAUGAGCGCUACCUUUACUUGGUGAUGGAGUUCAUGGCAGGUGGAGAUCUGGUAACCCUUACCAUGAAUUACGACAUGCCUGAGGAUUGGGCUUUCUACACUGCUGAAGUGGUGCUGGCACUGGACGCCAUACACUCCAUGGGCUUCAUCCACAGAGACAUCAAACCUGAGAACAUGCUGCUGGACCGCAGCGGUCACCUCAAACUCGCCGACUUUGGCACGUGCAUGAAGAUGGACAAGUCUGGGAUGGUUCGCUGCGACACAGCUGUCGGAACUCCAGAUUACAUUUCUCCAGAGGUUCUAAAGUCACAAGGUGGAACUGGGUAUUAUGGUCGCGAGUGUGAUUGGUGGUCUGCGGGGGUGUUUAUUUACGAGCUGCUGAUCGGUGAAACUCCAUUUUAUGCUGAGUCGUUGGUGGGAACUUAUGGCAAGAUCAUGGACCACAAAAAUAGUCUGAAGUUCCCAGAUGAUUCAGAGAUGUCUAAAGAGGCCAAAGACCUCAUCUGUGCCUUUCUGACUGACAGGGAGGUGAGGCUCGGACGGACAGGAGUACAAGAAAUCAAACGUCACCCCUUCUUUAAGAAUGACCAAUGGACCUUCGAAACCAUCCGAGACACCAUGGCUCCAGUGGUGCCUGAGUUGAGAAGUGACAUUGACACGAGCAAUUUCGAUGAUAUCGAGGAUGAGAAAGGAGACAUUGAGACGUUCCCGACUCCUCGUGCCUAUGCAGGAAACCAGCUACCUUUUGUAGGAUUUACCUUCUUCCAGGAAGACAAGUCGAUGAGCAAAAAUCAAGACGUGUAUGUCGAUGGAUUAGAAGAAAAAGAGGACAGUUCAGAGAGAUCUGAGACUGAUGAUGUGAAAAAGAAACUUAUUAAGAUUGAAGAGAAGUUGAAAAAUGAGAUGCAAGCUAAAGAUGAACUGGAAGGUAGAUGCAGGAGUGCAAACGAGCGACUAGAUAAACUCUCCAAGGAGAUCGAAGAGGAGAUGAGUGCGAGGAAUCGAGCGGAGGAUUCCCUGAGGAAACUGGAAAGAGAGAACGCUCUGCUUCAGCACCAGAACACCGAGAGCCUAAGGAAAGCCGACCUCGAGACGGAGCGAAAGCGCUGCUUUGAAAACGAAGUGAGCAGUUUGAAGGAGCAGCUGGCAGAGCUAAAGAAGAAGUCGCAGAACUCGCAGAUCUCCGCUGAGAAAAACAUCCAUCUAGAGAGGCAGCUGGAGGAAGUGAGCGCUAAGCUGCAGGCCGAGCUGGAGGAGUCAGGCCGAGUGAAGAAAGCUCAGGCCGAGGCAGCAAGGCAGGCGCAGCAGCUGGAGCUGUUACUCAGGGAGCUGCAGGAGAGACUGGCACAGCUGGAGAGCAGCCGAGUCGUUCUGGAGCAGGACAACCUCAGCCUGCAGAACGCCCUGGAGACUGAGAAGAGGGAGCGCAGUCUCAGCUCUGAGAACAUCACUGACCUGCAAGUGCGCAUCUCGGGUCUGGAGGAAGAGCUGAAGCAAAGCAAGAAUUUUCUCUCCAAAGCCGAGGGGGAGAAGAGACAGCUCCAGGAGGAAUUGACUGAUUUGGAGAAGGUGAGGAGUCAGCAGGAGAUCGACCUUACCUUCAAGCUGAAAUCUGUUCAGCAGCGGUUGGAGCGAGAGGAAGAGGAGCACAACGCCACGAAAACCCGACUCGCCGACAACAGCAAACUCAACCAGUCCAUCGAGGAGGCCAAGUCUGAGGAGCUGGAAGACAUGGAGCGGAAGCUGCAGGACGAACGUUCAGCUAAGCAGCAGCUAGAGAGUAAGCUGAUGCAGUUGGAGAAACAUCACUCGGACCUGGACUGGGAUUAUAAACAGGCACAAAACGAGCUCCAAGAGCUGCGUUUACACAAAAACAAGCUCACAGAGGAGGUUGAUUUACUGACCGUGAAAGUGGAACAGGAAACGCAGCGAAGGAAUCUGUCCCAGGCUGAUCUGAAGGCUCAUAGACACGAAGUCAGCACUCUGCAGUCCUCUGAGAAACAUCUCAAACAGGAUCUCAACCACCUGCUGGAGCUGAAACUCAGCGUGGAGAAACACAACCAGGAGCUACGCAGGGAGAAGGAACUUGCUGGCGCACAUCUGAAGGAGUUGAAGGACCAGCUGGAGGCGGAACAGUAUUUCACAAAACUCUAUAAGACUCAGAUUCUUGAGCUGAAGGAAGAGUGUGAUGAGAAGAACAAACUCUACCAGGAUGCACAGCGGAGGCUGGAGGACCUUCAGGAGGAAAGGGACUCUCUGGCCGCACAGCUGGAGACAAGCCUGACGACCGACUCUGAGCAGUUGGCGCGCUCCAUCGCUGAGGAACAGUAUUCAGACCUUGAGAAAGAGAAGAUUAUAAAAGAGCUGGAGAUCAAAGACAUGGUGGCCAGGCACCGGCAGGAGCUCAUCGACAAGGACAGCACCAUCAACUCGCUAGAGGAGUCUAAUCGCACUCUGACUGUAGAUGUAGCCAACCUAGCCAAUGAGAAAGAGGAGCUCAAUAACCAAAUCAAGGACCUUCAACAGCAGCUGCAAGCGAAUAAAGAAGAAGAGAAGCAGAUCAGCAUCAUAAAGAUGUCAUUUGAGAAGCAGCUUCACUCUGAGCGAACGCUGAAGAUCCAGGCUGUGAACAAGCUAGCCGAGAUCAUGAACAAGAAGGAUUUGGUGCGUGGCGUUCACCGUGCAGAUGACAGCACUCUGAGGAGGAAGGAGAAGGAAAACAGGAAGUUGCAGCUGGAGCUGCGUUCCGAGAAGGAGAAGCUCAACAGCACCAUCAUCAAAUACCAGAAAGAGAUCAGUGAGAUGCAGGCUACGAUUACAGAAGAGUCGCAGACACGUUUGGAGCUUCAGAUGGCUUUGGACAGUAAAGACAGCGACAUCGAGCGUCUGCGCUGUCAACUAACUUCACUUAGCAUCCAUUCCUUAGACACAACUAGCACCAGCAGUAUAGGCAAUGAGCAGGAGACUGAUGAGCCUUAUCCAGAUACAAGUCUGGAAGGUUGGCUUUCUCUUCCAAGCAAGAACACCAAGAGGUUCGGAUGGGAUAAGAAGUAUGUGGUGAUGAGCAGCAGGAAGAUCCUGUUCUAUGACUCAGAAGAAGAACGUGAUCAGGCAAAACCCUUCAUGAUCCUGGACAUCGAUAAACUCUUCCACGUCCGGCCUGUGACUCAAACCGAUGUGUAUCGCGCGGACGUUAAAGAGAUCCCUCGCAUUUUCCAGAUCCUCUACGCCAAUGAGGGUGAGAGUAAGAAUCAGGAAGCAGCCAUGGAGCUUUCAGUGGGCGAGAGAUCAGCCUACAUCUCUUACAAAGGCCACGAGCUUGUGCCCACACUCUACCACUUCCCUUCUAACUGUGAUGCGUGUGCUCGGCCCCUCUGGAACGUCUUCAAACCCCCUCCGGCAUUGGAGUGUCGGUGCUGCCACGUCAAAUGCCACAAAGACCACCUAGACCUCAAGGAGGAAGUUCUCGCACCAUGCAAAGUACACUACGACACGGCUAAAGAGCUGCUUCUGCUGGCCAGUUCUUCAUCUGAGCAGCAGAAAUGGAUUGGUCGACUACUCAAGAGAAUCCCACGUAAACCUCUUACUCAGAGUGUGAUGGUCCAUCAAGAGCCUGCAAUGGGGUCACUUCCCUCCCCGCUCCUCUCGCCUCGACUCUCUCCACGGAACUCACCCAAACUCAGCUCCAGAGGAGCUAUCCGGGUGCAAAGCAGAGGCCCACCACCUUCCAGCAAGCCCAGUGUAAUAGAGUUUGACCUGAAGGCCUGGGGUUGGGCUCUUCAUGAUGAGGAUGAGGAUGAGGAUGAUGAUGAUGAUGUGUUUGACUUCUGAAGAUGUGGGACACUGCCGGCUAACCUCCACGAAAUUCCCGACUGAACACGUAACGGACACUGCAGUACAACAGAAAAUACGUGACGCAAAGGACACGCCUGCUAAUCCACGCUCUGUUCAUUAGCACACCUGAAGACGUGCCUUUAUACAAAACAUUUUACAUCGAUAUUAUUACAGUGUAAAAGUAUUAAGACGUUACGUUUGGCUAUACAGGAUGGCUGCUCGUGUGUGUGUGUCUGUGCGUGUGUGUGUGUGUGUGUGUGUGUGUGUGUGUGUGUGUGUGUGUGUGUGUGUUUUGGAUCAUAUGACACAGUGUAUAUUUCAUGUAUGAUCUCGUGUGUAAGGGAAACACUCGUGGUUUGUAGCGAACCUGUUGAGCGAUUAUUUAAUGAUUGAGAGGAUUCAGAAAGAGCUGAACUGUGGUAUAACUCUGAACUCAUUUCACUCUACUGCACAGAGUUACUUUAUAUCAGAACUGGAACGAUUUAUGAAGCAAUGCUGGUCCAAAUGUUUUUCUUUAUCCAAAGAUGUAUGUAGAGAAACAAACACGGCUGUUGAUUUCACCAGAAUUGUUCACAAGAGGAGAGAAUUUAAUGAAAAAAGAAAAAUAAAUGGAGAAAUUAUA